GCCCAAUGUAUUAUAAAGGCGUUUAUCAUCUUUUCUACCAGUAUAAUUCCAAAGGGGCCGGAUGUUGGUCAGGUUCUGCUACUAUACUUCCUGGUAACAAACCUGUUAUACUUUACACCGGUACUGAUCCCGACGAGAAUCAAGUACAAAAUAUUGCGGUGCCAAUGAACUUGUCUGAUCCAUUCUUAAGAGAAUGGGUGAAGCCUGAUUACAACCCAAUAAUCAAACCAAGAAUUGGUGUGAAUGCGAGUGCGUUCCGAGAUCCCACAACUGCAUGGUGGAGUAAAGACGGACAUUGGAGAUUAGUAGUCGGUAGCAAGAGAGAUAUGAGGGGAACGGCAGUGUUGUAUAGAAGCAAGGAUUUUAUUCAUUGGACUAAAGCUAAACAUUUGUUACAUUCUUCUGCUACUACUGGUAUGUGGAAGUGCCCCGAUUUUUAUCCCGUGUCGCUGAAUGGGAAGCAAGGAUUAGAUACGUCAUCGGUCGGUGAUGGUGUUACACAUGUGUUGAAAGUGAGCCUUGACCUUACAAGGUUUGAAUAUUACACUCUUGGUCAAUAUUUUACUAGCAAAGAUCGAUAUGUACCAGACAACACUUCGGUUGAUGAUAGUACAGGGUUAAGGUAUGAUUAUGGAAAUUCCUAUGCAUCCAAGUCAUUUUUCGAUCUGUCAAAGAAUAGAAGAAUCUUGUGGGGAUGGGCUAACGAAUCCGAUCGAACUCCAGAUGAUCAAUUUGCUAAAGGCUGGGCUGGGUUCAGUAAUUUUAUUUUUUCAUUAUAGGCAAUUCCGAGGACAGUGUGGCUUGAUAGAAAUGAAAAACAACUCUUACAAUGGCCUAUUGAAGAGGUUAAUCAUUUACGAAGCGGUCGCGGUCGAGUGGAGAUGACCAAGAUAUCUCUUCAUAAGGGAAGUCGCAUUGAGAUUGAAGGAAUUACUCCUGCUCAGGCUGAUGUUGAAAUUACAUUCCGUAUACCAAGUUUGGAACAUGUUGAACCAUUUGAUCCUAAAUGGGUUGAUGCUGAAAGACUUUGCGGCGAAAAAGAUGCUAGUGUCUCGGGUGGCAUCGGACCUUUUGGAUUGCUAACACUGGCAUCAAGUGACUUACAAGAAUACACUGCCGUAUUUUUUAGGGUCUUCAAAUCAAAUGACAAACAUAAAGUGCUUAUGUGCUCUGGUGGUAUUAGGUCUUCUUUAACACAUGACAAGAUGUACAAGCCCUCUUACGGAGGUUCCGUAGAUGUUGAUAUUAGCAAUGGAAAGCUUUCCUUGAGAAGUUUGAUCGACAAUUCAGUUGUAGAGAGUUUUGGUGCUGGAGGAAAAACAUGCAUCUUAUCGAGGGUUUAUCCAACAUUGGCUAUUGGAAAUAAUGCUCAUUUGUAUGUUUUCAACAAUGGAACUCAGGCGGUAAAGAUUGGGAAGUUGAAAGCAUGGUCAAUGAAUAGUCCCUCGAUGAAUUGAAAAAAAAUUAGUCCUCUAAUUUGAGCGAGCGUUGAUAGGAUUUUGUUUCAGGAGAAUAAUAUCCAUCAUGUUGUCCGAUGGUUCCUUGUCAAAAUUGUCCAUAUGAGUACA